AUGGCCGACAUCAAGACAGAAAAGCCUCAGCCAGAGGUUUCCGACGUUGCGGACACGGCCGAGGCGUACACUGAGAAAGUCACACUAUCCGAGCACGACUUGGAAUUGGAACAAGCGUUGGCAAACUAUGUUCCAGAUUCUCCGGAAGAGAAGGCCCUCGUGCGGAAGCUCGACUUAUACAUGGGGCCGACAUUGUGGUUCAUGUACAUUUUAGCGUACAUCGACAGGCAGAAUAUCGGCAAUGCCAAAGUUGCUGGUAUGGAAGCAGACCUCAAACUCACAGACGACCGUAAGCGCCCCUACACAGGCCCAGGCAAAAGGAGUCUAUCGGAUUAG